CGAGGUAAAGCAUUCCUCUUUGCUCUCCAUCGGCGGACCAACAUGGCGGUGGGAAAAAACAAGCGACUUACUAAAGGAAAAAAGGGUGUCAAGAAGAAGAUUGUUGAUCCCUUCACCAAAAAGGAUUGGUAUGACGUGAAGGCGCCUUCCAUGUUCAACAUUCGUCAGAUUGGAAAAACUGUCGUUACCAGAACCACUGGAACAAAGAUUGCUUCGGAUGGUUUGAAGGGACGUGUGUUUGAAGUGUCAUUGGCUGAUCUUCAAAAUGACGAGGUUGCAUUCAGGAAGUUCAAGCUCAUGUGCGAGGAUGUCCAAGGCAAGAGCUGUUUGACAAACUUCCAUGGCAUGAACAUGACCACUGAUAAACUGAGAUCCCUUGUCAAGAAGUGGCAGACUCUUAUUGAGGCCUCAGUCGAUGUCAAGACCACUGAUGGCUAUCUUCUCCGCUUGUUCUGCAUUGGCUUCACCAAGAGAAGACAAAAUCAGAUCAAGAAAACAGCAUAUGCCAAAUCCUCUCAGAUCAGAGCUAUCCGCAAGAAGAUGGUCGAUAUCAUUACCCGUGAAAUUGGCGCCAAUGACCUCAAGGAAGUUGUCAACAAGUUAAUUCCAGACAGUAUUGGUAAAGACAUUGAGAAAUCCUGUCAAUCAAUCUACCCACUCCAUGAUGUGUACAUCCGCAAGGUCAAGGUGCUCAAGAAGCCCAAGUUCGAUAUUGGCAAGUUGAUGGAAAUGCAUGGUGAUUCAUCAUCACACACUACCACAGUUGAUGAAACUGGAACCAAGAUCGAGAGAGAUGGCUUUGAGCCUCCCAUCCAAGAAAGUGUAUAGAAAGAUUUCCAGUGAAUAACAAAAUAAAUUGUUCAAUCAAU